UUGUGCCCGCCACCACCGCCUCCGUGUCCACCACCACCACCUCCGUGUCCACCACCACCGCCUCCGUGUCCACCACCACUGCCACCGCCACCACCUCCGCCACCGUGUCCACCGCCUCCACCUCCACCGUGUCCAUGUCCACCAUCUCCUCCUAUUUGCACAUGCGUUCGUUCUUCAUAUGUGCCAAUGAUGUAUCCGACAUAUUCUUAUCCAGUUCCUUACUCCUAUCCAGCGUAUCCAGCUUCUCCGCUAACAAGACCGGGUGUUGGUGGGUAUGCUGGACAAGGAGCGGUAAUACGAAGACGUCGAUCACAGGUGCGUUCAGCGACAAAAGGCAGAUUUGCCACUAAAAGUGUCUGCCGCGAGCAACUCAACUUCCUUCACAUGAUUGAAAUCCGUGAAGUGCUACUUUUCAGUUUGAUUUAUUCCAACUCAGAAGGGAUAUUUAGAAACGAGAUUGAAGUAGAAAAUAAUAUCAUUUUACAGUUUACAACAGCAGAUUCUUCUGAAUCCAAGAGAGCUAUUCAAGAAAACGCUGAGGAGCGACUAGAAGUCAGCAUUAACGUCAUUUGUGGUCGUGGGGAAUUCAGCUAUGUCGCCCACACUGAACACUUUUGUCAGAGUUCCAAAGAUGACAUAACAUGCUACGCAUUCCAACCUUUAUAG